AUGCAAGUCCUAAUCUCUUGUGUUUUGAUUCUUGGUUUUGCUUCACCUUGUCUAUGUGGGAGGUGGAUUAAUGUAGCUAAAACAAACAAUAAUAUAUUCAAUGUGAUUGCUUAUGGUGCUCGUGGUGAUGGCAUAUCUGAUGAUACACAAGCAUUUUUACGUGCAUGGAAUCAUACAUGUGGAGCAGAAGGGACAUCAACACUAGUUAUUCCACCAAAAAAAUUAUACUUUGUGAACAACUUAGAAUUCAGAGGUGCUUGCAAGGCCACAAGUAUUCUCAUUCAGCUUAAAGGAAAAAUAGUUGCCCCUCCUAAGAAAGCAUUUAAGGAUGCCUCAUAUUGGAUUAGAUCCAAUAUGUAA